AUGUUUACUGAGUGCGACGGCUGUCCUCAGGCGCUGUCGGUGCGGUGGACACAGCGCAGUCUGCUGGAGCUGCAGCGCGCCCGGCCGCAGCUGCGGCGCGAGGCCCACGCCCCGCACGAGGGCGAGGACUCCGCGGACGGCCAGGAGGACGCGUCGCGGCGGGAGGAGGACUCGCGGCGGCAGGAGCCGGACUCGCUGGACCAGGAACGCGACCGGCUACAGGCGGAAGUUCGCCGGCUGCGGGACUGGCUGGAGGACACCUACCGGCAGCAGCUGCAACAGCUGGACAGCCGGCUGCGACGGCAGCGGGACGACAUACUGCAGGUGGAGGCUGACCUCCGGCAGAAGGCGGACGCCCUCGCGGAGGACCCGCUGGCGGUGAUCGACGCCCUCCGCCAGCAGAACGAGCGGCUGCGGCUGAAGCUGGCGGAGAUGGAGCAGCGCCAGAGCGGCCUGCAGCAGCAGGUGGCCGCGCACGAGCACGAGCUCGACGGGCUCCGGGAGUACUUCCAGGAGAAGGUCAAGUUUACCGAGAAAAUGAGAGAACAAGCCGAGCUGGAUGGCAGCUUCACCGACCUCGGCCUGCCCGACGGCGAUGACACUGUCGGGCCAUCUGUCCUGCGGCUGCGCGUGGAGUUUGAGCGCCGCAUCGCCACCUUGCGGCAGCAGCUGGGACGCAAGUUGGCCUCCCAGACGCGAGAUGUCAGGACAGAGCUGGAGCGCAAGCACAGAAAGGAAGUGACCGAGCUCGAGAGGAAACACCUGACGAAAAUGGCGCAGACGGUGGAGCGGUACAAGAAGGAAGCGGAGGCGGGCCGCCGGGAGGCUGAGAGGCAGAUCAGCGAAGUCCGCAAUCAGCUGAUUCAGGAACACCAGGACGAAGUGCAGCGCCUGACACAGAAGCACCAGGAGCAGAAGGCUGAGAGCGCCGGUCCAGCCGAACGGCGCCGGCGACGCCCGGCCUGCGACGACGCAGCUGGAGGAGGAGGAGGGACGGCCGGCGCCAGAUGCUGCUGGCCGAGCUGGAGAACCUCUCGUUCAGAUGAAUGA